AUGACAGCCAAGUACUUUGCCCUCGCUCUCCUCGCAGCCGGCCUCUGCGCUGAAGCUGCUGUUAUCGAGCUCCGCCAGCCUGCUGCCACGUCCUCGUCGCCUACCAGCGUCCCCGACUACUUUCAAACGACACUACACCAAUAUGAAGGCCCUACUGCUACCGGCGAGGCUCCCUUCCUCGGCGCCACCAACGCUGCUCCAUUCUCAGGUGUCUCUUACAUCGCACCUCAACCGCUUGAGACACAGCAGCCUAUCCCUGGAAACACGGCGAAGAAGAACAUUUUCCAGCUCAUGGGGCACCUGACCCCCUACACUCCUAAUCCGGACGGCUUCGGCAUUGACGAGUAUCCUCUCCCGUCCGGCACAAACAUUACCCAGCUGCACAUGCUGCACAGGCAUGGAGAGAGGUAUCCCACUUCAACCGACGGCUCAAUCACCCUAGCCGAGAAGCUUGUCAAUGCGUCGGGUACCUUCAAUGCGACCGGCGACCUGGCCUUCCUGAAUGGCUGGACCAACAAGCUGGGUGCUGAGAUCUUGGUUCCCGUUGGGAAACAGCACUUGUUCGACUCUGGUACUACCCACUAUUACAACUACGGCCACUUGUACCCCAACAACGGUAGCAAGAUCAUCGCCCGUUCCACGACUCAGAACCGCAUGGUUGAAUCUGCCGAGUACUUUUUGUCGGGAUUCUUUGGCCUGGGAUGGACCCAAAAUGCUACAUUGGAGUUGAUCAUCGAGGAACAGAAUUUCAACAACACUCUUGCUGGCUAUUACCAAUGCAACAACUCCAAUGCCGCCGUCAACAAAGGUGGCACAAACGCAUCAACCGAGUGGGCCGCCAUUUACCUUGCCAACGCCACCGAAAGAAUUCAAGACAACAUCGACGGUCUCGACUGGACCAUCUCAGAUUCAUACUACGCCCAGGCCCUCUGCUCCUACGAGACCGUCGCCCUCGGUUUCUCGCACUUCUGCAGCCUCUUCACCUACGACGAAUGGCUCGGCUUCGAAUACAGCAUCGACCUCCAAUUCGCCGGCGGCUACGGCUACCAAUCCCCCACCGGCCGCGCCGUCGGCAUCGGCUACGUCUCCGAGAUCCUCGCGCGGCUCAACCACCACCUCAUCGACACCCCGACCGCCCAGGUCAACGUCACCCUCGAUAACAGUACCACAACCUUCCCCCUCGACCAACCCCUCAAUCUCGACUUCAGCCACGACACGAACAUCAUGUCCAUCCUCACCGCUUUCGGCCUGAAGCAGUUCGCCGGGUUCAUGCCGGCGGAUGGGUACAAGGCGGAUCGCGAGCUGAUCGUCUCGCACAUGGAGCCGUUCGCCGCGAGGUUGGACAUCGAGGUCAUUCAGGCCCCGCAUCCUGUCCUGCCCGAGCGUGGCGGUUCCGAUGCGUACAACAGCACCGGCGGCCCUACCAAGUAUAUCCACUUCGUCCUGAACCAGCGCACCGUCCCGUUGCAUGCGAGUUUUGCCGAGUGCGAGCGGAGAGACGAUGGGUGGUGCGAGCUGGAGACGUUUAUGGAGGUGCAAAAGACGAAGCUGGCGGAGGCGGAGUAUGAGUGGAGUUGUUGGGGGGAUUAUCCACCGGUGCCGUAUGGGACGGUGACGGAUGGCGUGCCGGUUGCGAAGCCGAGUGAGGAGAGAGAGCUGCUUUGA